AUGGGUCCCAACAUCGCUGCAACAUAUUGUCAAAUAGGGAGAUUGUGGCGCACCACGUUGACGGGACCCAAGCUAUGCCAAAGCUACCCGUGGCCCAGCAAGGAGCUGGGAGCUGCCGCUGACCCCCAUCUCAAGGCCUACAGACCCGAGACACCACGGGGAGCCGCAACCCCGGGCGGCGGCCACGCACCCACAGCCCACAGGGCCGUGCACGAAGCACCGCACACCCUGCUCAGUCAGGGGCCCCCGGGGCGACACGUGUUGGACCAGAACCGGCCCAAGCGAGCAGCGCUCCCCGCACGGCGACAGGCGGGACCGAGGGUACUGCCGCCCGCCGGCUUUGCUACACCAAGGCGGUGGACGGCAGUCCCCGACCUCGCCAGGUACCGGCACCCCCGCGACAGCGACCCCCACCCCACCACGACGACCCCCGCACAUCCGGGGCAGCGGCGGGGCGGAGCGGGGCCGAGCGGGGCGGUCACCGCCCCUUCCCUGGUCCCGCCUCCCCGCGCCGCCGCCGCCGCUGCCGCCGGUGAUGGAGACGCGGCGCUGAGCGGGUCGGGCGGCAGCGGUGGUGCGCGGGAGAGCGGGCGGGGGCGCCGCCGUCGGCGGCAGCAGCGGGAGCGGCGGAGCGCGGGGCAUGCGGGGCGGGCGCCGCCGGGGGGCUGCAGCUGCGGGCUCCGAGGCGCCGAGGGAGGCGGCGGCAGCGGCUCCUCCGCGGGGCUCCGUGUGACCGCGCCGCUGCGCCCGGAGCGCGGCUCCCGGCAGCCGCAGGAAGAGGGGGGCCGAGGCGGCGGCGGUGCGGCGCUGCUUCCCCGGCCGAGGGGCGAGGCGGCGAGCGGAGGCGCCGGCUCUCCCCGUGGCCGUAGCGGCCGCCGCCGGCAGCGCAGCGGCAGCGGCGGCCGCGCCUCAACUUGGUGCGAGGCAGCGGCCGCCGCGACGAGCGGGCGGAGCGCGGCUGGUCCCCGUCCCCGCCGCCGCCCGGAGGAUUUACCCCGCUGGACUCUGUUCCUCGGGCGCCCGGUGACAGGCGGGGUCGGCGGAGCCCUUCGCCUCUCCCCGACGCCCGCCCUGCAGCGACGGAGAGGAGGGCCGAGGACAGCCUUAAGACCUUGUGGUUGGAAGACCUCUUUUGCUUCUAUGUUUAUGUCGGAAUGUCCUAGGCCAGUCUGUUGCUCUAUGGUUCCUGCCACAGGUGCUCUACAGCAAUGGAUCGGGAUUUUGCCACCAGUGCUAGUGGACCAUCCAGAUGGCUGUAAACCUGCAGAGGAGGUUUGUAAAGAAUGUAUUGCAGAUAUAGAACGUGGUCUCUCAAACUGGAUUAAAACAACCUGUUGAUAUUUUUAUUUAUACUUUUUUAUUUUUUGUAUUUGACUUAAAGUGCCAUGAAAAAAUUUGCAUAUUGCAAGGUGGUCCUUGCCACCUCUUUGGUUUGGGUCCUUCUGGACAUGUUUCUAUUGCUGUACUUCAGUGAAUGCAACAAAUGUGAUGAGAAAAAAGAACGAGGCCUGCCUGCUGGAGAUGUUCCAGAACCCGUACAAAAACCACAUGAAGGACCUGGAGAGAUGGGGAAGCCUGUGGUCAUUCCUAAAGAGGAGCAA